AUGCGCGUGAAUGUCAAUUGGUCUCGGAUCGCCAGUCUUGGCCUGUUGGGCGCCAGUCUGGUGGGCGCCGCCGGGUUGAGCAAGCAGUCGCAGACUCUCUUUGACCAGUCAAUGACGUUGAUGGAUGAUAUUUACGAUCCUGAUGCUUCCUAUUUGAAUUAUUUCUAUUAUCCACUCGCGGCGGGUGUCCAUGAGACCCGUUCGACCGUGUGGUAUUCCGUUGGAUUACUCCAGCGGAACCAGGGCGAUGAUCGCGAGGAAGCGAUCAAAAUCCUGAAGAAUGUGAUUGGUGGCCAGGAGAAGAACGAGUCGGUGCUGUGGUAUGGUGAUUAUACGAAGUAUCCGGAGCAGCCUACGGUUGCAAGUCCUGCAUAUGCCCCCGUGAUCUAUAACUCAUGGGAUCCCAAUUGGCGAGGCUUCAUCGGCACCGCACUAAUUCUCAUCUACGAGGAAUUCGGCAAUCUUUUACCCACAGACGUAAAAGACCUCGUCCUCGAGAGCCUGUACAAUAACACCAUCGGCGAUAGCUAUCGCGUCGGCGGCGUCGACGACGAUAACCUCUACCCAGCCUAUUCCAAUGCCUGGCUAAUGCGAACGGUGGCAACCUCCUGGACAGGCCACCACCUGAAAAAUGCCAACAUGACUUCCGCAGGAGACGCCGAUGCCCAGAAGUUCCUCGACCUCUUCGAUCGCAAUCACACCCUGUCCGAGUUCAAUGGGCCAACUUAUGCAGGUGUUUCCCUCUAUGCGCUGACCAUCGCUGCCAAGUACCUUUCCUCGACUAGUUCCGUCAUCGGAAAGAAUGCAGAGCGAGUCAUCCAGCAGAUCUGGGGGUACGAGUCGCAGCUGUGGAAUCCGAAUAUGAGAAACUUUGCAGGACCCUGGGAUCGAUCGUACGGCUAUGAUAUGAACAAAUACGUGGCUAUCAUGUCGAUCUGGAUCUGGUCUUUGACUGAGAAGGAGAAUGUCUGGCAGUCCAAGUCUCCAAUUUGGUCAAUGACUCAUGCAGAUGACUUUGAGAUCGCGCCCAUUAUUGCUGUGUUGUCGGGUUUCCACAAGAACCUCGUUCCGAAGUCGGUUCUUGCGAGUUUGACUUCUUUCUCUGGCGAGCAUACUUAUAGUGGACACACUUAUGCGCCCCCGGCAGACUAUGAGCCGCGGAAUAUCACGACGUGGUUGUCGGCCAAUCUGACCAUUGGCACAGACUCGUUCAAUCAGAGCGUCGUUGGUGGGUUCUCAGAGGAUUCAUCCUCCUUUUCUCCCUCGGUCGUGCAGUGGAUUCGUCCCGGUGGCUCUAUCGGUUACUUCAAUCUGUAUCCGACUCAAACCGCUUUGCACGCGGAAGUGAGCCCCUACGCACUCAACCUGACCUAUCCUCUGGGCAACGCCUCGAGCACUUUUACAUUCGUUCUUGCUUCCAACCCGCUGGGUUCAAAGCGGGAUAUCUCGGGAUUCAAAGAUGUCGAUGGCCUUCAGAUCGAGGUAGUCGGUGGAACUGUCAACCCGGUGCCUGAGAUUUCUUUCUGUGGUCUGCUUGGUGGAACGUGCGAUAUUAUCCACAACUUUGAAUUCUGGAAUGUCACUUUCUCGAUGGAUGCGAACAGCUCUGACAUCCCGAGCGUUCAGUUUAAAUUUACGCUUCCUUAG